GCAGCGGCUGCAGCAGCGCUCAAUCGCCCGCGCGACAGGAGGAAAUGCGUAUCGCCUGCCGCUCCGCUGUCCAAUGGGAGAAGCGGAGUGGGCGGGGCGGCGCGGCGAGGUGCCGCCUGCCGGGGCCUCUGCUCACUGCCGCACAAGAGACAGGGCAGGAGAGGGAAGGGGCAGCUGCCUCCUCUCCUUCUUGUUAGCGCGCAGCGCAGGCGGCGGCGGCGGCACUGGCACUAUGGCGGCCGAGGACGGUGAUGGCGAAGGGGUCCGAGUGCUACAGAACCUGCGGGGGAAGAUCUGUGAAGCCAAAAAUUUAGUGCCAUACUCUGGACCCAACAAAAUGAGAGAUUGUUUCUGUACCAUAAACUUGGACCAAGAAGAAGUUUUUCGUACACAGGUGGUUGAAAAGUCUUUAAGUCCUUUCUUUGGUGAAGAGUUUUACUUCGAGAUUCCAAGAACAUUCCAGUGUUUGUCCUUCUAUAUUUAUGAUAAGAGCGUUUUACAAAGAGACCUGCGUAUAGGAAAGGUAGCAAUCAAAAAAGAGGACUUAUGCAAAUAUACCAGCAAAGAGACAUGGUUUUUGCUUCAGCCUGUUGAUUCUAAUUCAGAGGUCCAGGGAAAAGUUCACCUUGAAUUAAAACUGAAUGAACUGAUAACAGAUAAUGGAUCUGUGUGCCAGCAACUAGUAGUACACAUAAAGGAAUGCCAUGGAUUGCCUCUUGUAAAUGGACAGAAUUGUGACCCUUAUGCAACGGUGUCUCUUAUGGGUCCUUCUAGGAAUGACCAAAAGAAGACAAAAGUAAAGAAGAAAACAAGCAAUCCACAGUUUAAUGAAACAUUUUAUUUUGAGGUAACGAGGUCCAGUAGCUAUACCAAGAAGUCCCAGUUUCAGGUAGAAGAAGAGGACAUAGAGAAGCUGGAAGUCAGGAUUGACCUAUGGAACAAUGGAAACCUGGUGCAAGAUGUCUUCCUAGGAGAAAUUAAGGUUCCGGUGAAAGCGUUAGGAAAUGAUUCCUUCCAAGCAUGGUACUUACUACAACCAAGAGAAAAUGGAAACAAAUCCUCUAAAACUGAUGAUCUGGGAUCACUUAGACUAAAUGUUUGUUAUACUGAAGACUAUGUACUUCCAUCUGAGUACUAUGUUUCUUUAAGAAAUUUGCUGCUAAAAUCACCAAAUGUUCAGCCGGUCUCUGCUUCUGCUGCCUACAUUCUGGGUGAAGUGUGUCGAGAUAAAUGUGAUGCUGUUUUGCCUCUUGUAAGACUAUUGCUGCACCACCAUAAGAUAGUACCAUUUGUUACUGCAGUGGCCGAACUAGACUUGAAAGACACUCAAGAAGUAAACACAAUCUUCAGAGGAAACACCUUAGCUACUCGAUGUCUAGAUGAGAUGAUGAAAAUAGUGGGAAAGCACUACCUAAAAGUUACUUUAAAGCCAGUCCUAGAUGAGAUAUGCGAGUCCCCUAAACCCUGUGAAAUUGAUCCCAUCAAAUUAAAAGAAGGUGAUAACGUAGAAGUUCACAAAGAAAAUCUACGUUACUAUGUCGAUAAAGUAUUCAAUACAAUUGUACAGUCAAGUAUAAGUUGCCCUACCUUAAUGUGUGAUGUGUUCUACUCUUUGAGACACCUGGCUGCCAAAAGAUUUCCAAAUGACCCUCAUGUACAGUAUUCUGCAGUGAGCAGCUUUGUGUUUCUUCGUUUCUUUGCUGUCGCUGUAGUCUCACCUCAUACUUUUCAUUUACGACCUCAUCAUCCAGAUGCACAAACUUCUAGAACGUUAACUCUUAUAUCAAAAACUAUCCAAACUUUGGGGAGCUGGGGAAGUUUGUCCAAAAGCAAGCUUUCAAGUUUCAAGGAGACAUUUAUGUGUGAGUUUUUCAAAACGUUUCAAGAAGAAAAGUUUACAGAAGCUGUUCAAAAGUUUUUAGAUGAAGUGUCAUCUACUGAAAGUAAAGAGCCCAGUGGCCUGAGUGAACCAGUACAUCUAAAAGAAGGUGAAAUGUAUAAAAGAGCUCAGGGAAGAACUCGGAUUGGAAAAAAGAAUUUCAAGAAACGAUGGUUCUGCCUAACAAGCAGAGAGCUCACUUAUCACAAACAACAAGACAAAGAACCAAUUUACAACAUUCCAAUCAAAAACAUCCUCACUGUGGAGAAGCUUGAGGAGAGCGCCUUCAAUAGGAAAAAUAUGUUUCAAGUGAUUUAUGGAGAGAAGCCACUCUAUAUCCAGGCAAAUAACUGUGUGGAAGCCAGUGAGUGGAUAGAAGCUCUCUGCAGGGUAAGCAGGUGUAACCAGAGAAGACUGAGUGUUUAUCAUCCCUCCGCUUUUCUGAAUGGGAACUGGCUUUGCUGCAAGGCAACCACUGAGAAUACAAAGGGUUGCACUCCAUGCACUGCAGGUGUUCCUGCUGAUAUUCAAAUUGAGAUUGAUGGGGAUAGAGAAACCGAAAGAAUUUACUCACUUUUUGCUAUCAACAUGCCUAAACUACAAAAGAUGGAAGAGGCUUGUGGAAGUAUUGCAGUCUAUCAAGGUCCACAGAAAGAACUAGACGACUAUUCUAAUUUCACAAUUGAGGACUCUGUAGCAACUUUUCAAACUCUUCAACAAAUAAUAGCCAUAGUAGAAAAGCUGAAUGAGCCUCAUGAAAAAUAUCGGAAGAAAAGAUCAUCAAGUGCUAAAUAUGGCAGUGAAGAAAACCCAAUUAUUGGAAAAGUUUCCUAACGAAAAUAAACUGUGGCUUACAUGGAUUCAGAAGAAACUGGAAGUGUGUGUGUUUUUUAUAUAUUUUUUUUAAAUUCACAGUGUACACUUGUUCCAAAGUAUUUAAGAAUGAACAGAAAUGCUACCUGUGUUCACAAUCUAUUUAAUAUUUAAUAGAGAAAAGUAUCUAUCUGUUUGGGAAACUGAUCAUGAGGUUUAUUCCUAUUUUGAUGAAGAACUUGAAGCUCCAUGUUCUUGAAGUAUCAGAUGUGAGUAAAUCUAAAUAUUUCUGCAAUUGCUUUUUUUUCCCUUGGAACUUGCUAAAGAAAUAAGCUUUCUAAAGGAGGGAAAUCAACACCAAUUCUUGACUGGAUUACACCUCUCAAUAUACUUGACUCACAUUUAAUCCACCAUCAGUGCCUGCUGUGCCGAAAGUCUUGCAGUGGAAAUCCUAACAUAUGACGACUCCAAAAGGAUCUGUUCAGUGCACAACUUCUUUUUCUUCCUUUGUCAAGCUAUUAAUUUUGUCAGGACUCCAAGGUAACUGCAACUGAAGUUUUAUAAAAUGAUGCGGUGUGUUCUGUGUACUGCAGAUACCAAAGUUGGUUAUAUUUUUAUUUUCAAAAAAUUACUGAAGAAAUCAGGGAAUCUGUUGUUAGAUUGUACCUCUUGUUUACAUUUGGGUGAGCAGUGGAUGGAGUGACAAGACCACAGUCUGUUUUUCUUUUGUAAAAAAUCAGAUACUAAUAUUUCUUGGUUGGUGUGUUCGUGGUUUUUUGUUUUGUUUUUUUUUUGUUUAAGUGCAGAUUAGCAACAUUUUUUGGAAGCUCUUUCCUGCAAAUGAGAAGAAUGCAAAUAUGACAAUGCUGUGGUUGGAUACUGUUCACUUUACAUCUCCGCAUCUAGGAUUUUUUUUGAAAAUAAAGAAUUGGCACAUUUAGGUUCAGCUCACCUCUCAUUACAGCUGUAUUAAAUAAUGUCUCUAGAAUAAUCACUCCAAGCACUUUAGAUAUCUGGACUGCCCCAGAUUAUAUUUUAAGAUACUUUGUAGUAUCUAAUCUUUAUGAUCAGUUGAAUGAUCAGUGCUCUUAUGUGUUUUUAAAACAAUGCUUUAUGACUAUUUUUUUAAUUUCUAGUUAUGGGUUGGGAGGGGUUAUUUGUCAGAUCAAACAAAUUUGAACUGGCAUUCUUGACUUUAGAAAGUUUUGAUUCUUGCUCUCUUCCUCUGAGAAUUAGGUUUGUGCUGAAAACCAUAUCUGUACAUAAUCAGUAGAAGCAAGGUAACACUUCGGAGAAGAGAAGGCUAAACUUUCCUUCACCAGUAUUAAAUAUUAUGGUAUACAUGGUAAAGUACCAGUAAAAUUAAAAUACACUGUGUACAAGUAGUACUUCAUUUUUGGAACAUUUGCUGUUUUUUGUAAUCAUGAUUUGUCCCAGUCGGAGUUGAGAAUGUAAUUCAUCAGUACAAAUAUAGAUCCACAAUGUUUACAAAACUAUAAGCUGUUUAAAAUACUACUGUAGGAUGACUUCUUCUCCUAAAAUCCAGACCAGUCGGUACCACAGGAUUGCAAUCACCUUAAUUUCAACAGGAACUUUUCUGUUAGAACAAUCACUUUAAUAUUAAAACAACUGAUUGAAAUCACUUGGGAUUUGAUACCAAUAUCUUCAACAUCACAAUCAUUUCUUACUACUUGCCAUUUUACCAACAAGUAUAGUCCUGUUUUUGCAUUACUGUACUAUUGGAUGUAUUCUUAAAGGAAUUUUACUUGCCCUCAAUUUCAGUUAGAAAAAAUUAAAUUUGUUGUUGACACCCAGCAAUGUAUUCUGUCAAGGUCGAUUUGACCUAGUUUAUUUGCCAAAGAAACAAGGUUUGCCAGAUUUGAACAGCACUAAUAAGUGUUAGAAUUAAGUUUUGCUAUUUAUUGUGACCAGUCUUAUUACAAAAUGUGCUUUAUGUCUGUUUCUUGAAACCUGUUUCUGUCACUUAACAGCAAAGUUAAAUGUAUAACAAGUUUAAAUCUUAUUAUUGUAAGGACAAAAACUUUUGAAAAUGCACUUUUCAUUUGCUUUGAUGGUACUAGACUAUAUAGAAAAGGACAGCUAGGCCUCUAAGACCUGAGGCCUUUAAAAUGUAAUUUGUCAUUUUAUAGUAUAUUUAAAAAUGCAGUAGGUACUCUAGAAUUAAAUUAGGUACAAAUAAGAUGAUUAAUAUUAAAGUUGCUUUCACUCUGAUUAGCCUAGACAUUAAAACAUUGCUCAGUAAUUAGUUUUAUUUCGACUGUAAAUUCUUUUUUAAUGUAGUUUUAAUUUGUGUAAGGAUGAUGUAUUGUUGAAAAUGUAUUUUUAUUUAAAUUUAUUUUCUUAUAAAAUAUUAACUUUUGUAACAUUGCUUGAGAACGACUCACAAAUAAAUGAUGACGAAUUGA